UCAGAGUAAUGCCAAACUCUCUCUGAGUGGGAUGAACAGAGCAGAUGCUGCAAAGAGAUGCCAAAGCGGCUCCCCUUCCUCUGUGCCUUGGGUUCCUAUAAAUUGCUCCGGCGCGCGUUUGUCAGCCUCCUCUUCUCCUGGCAGGUGGUACCCAGGCAGAAUUCUGCGUUCAGCCUCUCUCGCUCGGCUCCCGGCCGCGAGGCGCUCGCCGCUGCUCUUAGCUCCUUGGCUCCGGCUUUGAGCCUCUGCGAUCCGACCUUGCCAGCCGCAGCCGCUCCGCGCACCCGGGGGGCGCCUGGCCUGAGCUCGCUUGGCCAGCGCAGGGCUUUGGGGGUACGCCUCUAUUAGAGUUGUGGUGGCUGCGAAGGAGGAAGAAAAAAAAAAAAAAGGCAGGAGACAGGCGAACCGAAGGAGCGAAAGAAGGAGGAGGCAGAAAAAGGCAACUUCAGACGGAAAGUUGGUGCGAACUGGCGCAGUCUGCAAAAACCGAAAAGUCGAUCGCAGGCGGCGGCGGCAUAAAAGUGUGAGCGGCCCCGGCGAGCGCAAGAGGCGCGGCUGGCUCUGCCCUCCGGGUGGCCGCGCCGGCGCCCGCGGCAGCCACAGGUGCGAAGGGGCUCGCAGGAGGCGACAAGGCGCCCUGCGCACCCCUCCCCCAACCCCCACCCUUAGUUCGGGACUUCAGCUCAAGUCACUUGGCGCCCAGGCUCCCUCCCCAGCCGCAGCCUCAGCCGGGGGGGGAGCAGGAGCCGGCCAGGAGCGGCCAGCGCGCGCCGGCCCAGGGGAGUUGGGGUUCGAAGGGGAUUGUUUUCGGCUCUGAGGAGGUCACCGCCCAACCUUCAAAAUUUUGUCCAAAAGCAGACAAGAGGAUCGCCCCGCGCUGAGCCGGCUGGUGGGCAGCAGGAGGCGCCUGAUCGCCGCCGGGGCGCUGGGGGUGGUGAUGGUGCUGCUGCUGGUCAUCCUCAUCCCGGUGCUGGUGAGCUCGGCCGGCACGUCGGCGCACUACGAGAUGCUGGGCACCUGCCGCAUGGUCUGCGACCCCUACGGGGGCACCAAGGCGCCCAGCACCGCCGCCACGCCCGACCGCGGCCUCAUGCAGUCCCUGCCCACCUUCAUCCAGGGCCCCAAAGGCGAGGCCGGCAGGCCGGGGAAGGCAGGCCCGCGUGGGCCCCCCGGCGAGCCCGGGCCGCCGGGCCCCGUGGGGCCCCCGGGCGAAAAGGGAGAGCCGGGCCGCCAAGGCCUGCCGGGCCCGCCCGGGGCGCCCGGCCUGAACGCGGCCGGGGCCAUCAGCGCGGCCACUUACAGCACGGUACCCAAGAUUGCCUUCUAUGCUGGCCUCAAGAGGCAGCACGAAGGCUACGAGGUACUCAAGUUCGACGACGUGGUCACCAACCUCGGAAACCACUACGAUCCCACCACGGGCAAGUUCACCUGCUCCAUCCCCGGCAUCUACUUCUUCACCUACCACGUCCUGAUGCGCGGAGGGGACGGCACCAGCAUGUGGGCUGAUCUGUGCAAAAACAACCAGGUACGUGCUAGUGCAAUUGCCCAGGAUGCUGAUCAGAAUUACGACUAUGCCAGUAACAGUGUGGUUCUCCACCUGGAGCCAGGAGACGAAGUCUAUAUCAAAUUAGAUGGUGGGAAAGCCCACGGAGGAAACAACAACAAAUACAGCACGUUUUCUGGAUUCAUUAUUUAUGCUGACUGAUAACACAGAAACUGAGCUUGUUGUUCUGAGUUUGAACACUGGAUUUGUAUGGCUAACGUCAGUGAAUCAAGGAUCCCAGGGGAUGCCGAUUCAGGGCACCUCAGUUGUGUAUAUGCGGGGAAAAUCAAAUGCUACCUGACUCACAUCUGUAUCACUCAGAAACAUGUAAACAAUAUUUAAAGCAAGAUAAGCAGAUGUGUGAUCCACUACCGCCAAAGCAAAUUCUCCUUAUCGUUAGUGUCCAUGUGAAUGAAGUCCUAUAUAGAUCACAGAUUUUUAUAGAAAAAUCUAAGACACUGAAUUAUUUCUUCAAUAUAUAUGAUACUUUGGUGUACUGUGAUCUUGCUGCUUUUAUCCAUAUGUCAGCUUUGGUUCUUGUGAGUUUACCUGCUUAUUAUACUUGGAGUCCAUUCAUAGUGUGGGGAAGAAUCAUUUUACCCUGCAGUUGAAGGUUUAAUGGAAGGAAUGCUGCUUGUCCCCAAAGAAGUUUGCCUUGUACUUUGGUUAACUUUAGAGCUAGACCUGGGAAUGAAUCAACUUCAAGCCUUAACCUGGAAUUUUCUGGAUUUGUGGGAAUUCCCAAGCCUGUGAUCAUUUUCACAUUUUCCUUUUCUUAGGAGUUUUCUUUUCUCUUUUCUGGUGAUAGUCUUUAAAAAUAGAGAUUGAAAUUGUACCAUAGGAUUACCCUCUAAGUGUGAAAAUGUGUAAUUAUGUACGGUAUUUAGAAAAUCCCCUAUGUGUCCAUUUUGUCAGUAGAAUACAUUUAGA